AGUCGCAUCGAGUAAUUCUGAUAUGAUAUCAACGACCGGUCUCCUAGCUUCGUCGAUGCUGCGGCGCACAGCUUUGAAUGCGACGUCCUGUCUGCUUGCACGACGUCCAUUCACUGCCGCGGCCACUGCUGCUGCUGCUCUCAAUGAAAAACUGACCCCUGAGGAACAGGCUGAGAAGCAAAGGCUCAUCAAAGAGCUCACGAAGAAGCUUGCAGGUCCUCUGGCUGACGAGAAUGGCAACGUGCCCACUGGGAAGGACCGUCCUAUCGCUAUCGAAGUGGAUGGUCCGAGCCACUUCUAUGCGAACAGCACCAAGUACACGGCAUACACGAAGUUGAAACACCGCCUUUUGACGCGAAUGGGCUACAAAGUCCUGCACGUGCCGUACUUCGAGUGGAGGAAGCUCCGUGGUGCGAAGGAGAGAGAGGAGUAUAUGCGAACCAAGCUCAAGGAGGAACCCACUGAGUGGCUCGAUCCUGAGGAUGAGAAAUACUACAUGGCCCGACAUGCAGAGAUGGUCAAAGUCGUUGGAGAAUCCGAGAUCUCAUCCGAGCCUACUCCGCAAGCCAUUGAUAAGGCACCAUCUGUUUCUGGUGCUAGCACUCCUAAAAGCACUUCUAGCGGUGGACGUGUCCCGUUCGUCCCCCCUCCUCCACCUCCCCCUCGAGCACCUCCGCCACCAAGACCGUAGCCACAGUAGAUAGGAGCGUUUCCGGGCAUGAUUCAGUCAUAGUUUCAUCAUAAUUGUCGUUCACUCUGGUCGCGGUUGGUGCAUAAUUACAAAAACAUAUGAGGAUUUUAUGUGAUGCGAUAGUGACGUUUCAGCU